CCCGGUCACCUCAGCGGAGAAAGAACCAUGGCCGCCCAAGUCGCGACUUCCAACGCGCUCAAACUGGUCAGGGAUGUCGUGAGAUUCGCCAGCGCCAGGGGAGGAUUCGACGCCCCUUACAAAAAGAUUUCAACUCUUAUCUCUCAUUUGAUAAAGUUUGUGGCAAGAAAUUGCAAAUUUCAAACGAGAUUUUUGAGAAAAAAAAAAGGUGACGAUCGUGUCGGCGGGCCAGGGGCGGUGCGUGGCCGAAAUGGUGGUCGAGCAGGAACACACCAACAGCGGCGGCACCCUGCACGGCGGCCUCAUCUGCACCUUCACCGACGGCGUCACCAACCUGGCCCAGAUGACCGAGUCGGGCGGCGUCCCGGGGGUCUCCGUCGACAUGCACCUCUCGUUCAUGGGCGCGGCCAAGGUCGGAGACAAAAUCACCAUCGACGCCAAGACGAAGAGGGCGGGCAGGUCGAUGACCUUCGUCGACGUGCAAAUCACCAACUGUGCCAGCGGCAAACUGAUCGCCACCGGCUCGCACACCAUGACCGUCGGCAACAACGUCGGCAACUUCAAGUACGAAAACUCGCAGCAAUGAAAUGUUUAUAAAAUAAUUUUCAAAAUAAAUUUUUAAGAAAAGAAAACGAGAUUCUUGUUUAAAUUUCACUUGAUUUGAACGGCGACGAUGAAGUAGGUGAAAAAUGCGCCGACGACGGUGGCGAAAAACUCCAAGGACAGGGUGAAGAAGGGGCCGCCGACGGCGGAAAACGAGCGUUGGCAGUCGAGGCUGAGAAAAUGCACCACGGGCACCACGUGCGCCUCCAAUCGCAGCCACGGCCCGUGAAAAAUCACGUCGCCCAUCGCGUCCGCCUCAAAAUUU